AUGUCCCCCUGCACCCCUUACCCAGCCCACGUCACCCCCUGCAUCCCACUCUACGUCGCUUCCCUGGCCCCCCCUGCACCCCCGUCCAACCUGCAUCCUCCUCACAUCCCCAAAUCGCUGUCACCUGGUGUUGUGCUGCCUGCAGGGACCCAGCUGCCGGUGUGUGCGAGCUGCGGGCAGGGCAUCUUCGAUGGGCAGUACCUGCAGGCGCUGAAGGCUGACUGGCAUGCCGACUGCUUCAGGUGCUGUGACUGCGGGGCCUCCCUGUCCCACCAGUACUACGAGAAGGAUGGGCGCCUGUACUGCAAGAAGGAUUACUGGGCGCGCUUCGGGGAGCUGUGCCACGGCUGCUCCGAGCAGAUCACCAAGGGGCUGGUCAUGGUGGCCGGGGAGCAGAAGUACCACCCCGAGUGCUUCAGCUGCCUCAACUGCCGCGCCUUCAUCGGGGACGGGGACACCUACGCGCUGGUGGAGCGCUCCAAGCUCUACUGCGGCCACUGCUACUACCAGAUGGUGGUGACCCCGGUGAUCGAGCAGAUCCUGCCGGACUCGCCUGCCUCCCGCAUCCCCCACACCGUCACCCUGGUGUCCAUCCCCGCCUGCUCCGACGGCAAGCGCGGCUUCUCCGUCUCCAUCGACCAGGGCUGCGGCACCGAGCACCCCCGCACCGUGCGCGUCCGAGAGGUGGACCCAGACUGCAUCAGCCCUGACAUGAAGAACUCCAUCCACGUCGGUGACCGCAUCCUGGAGAUCAACGGGACCCCCAUUGGCCACGUCCCCCUGGACGAGAUCGACCUGCUGAUCCAGGAGACGAGCCGCCUGCUGCAGCUGACCAUCGAGCAUGACCCCCACGAGCCGCUGGGCCGGGAGCCAGGGCCGGCGGGCAGCCCCCUGCCCGCCCUGUGCAGCCCCCUGUGCUCGCCAGCCCCCGCGCCCUGCGGGGACCCCGCUGCCGCGCGCCAGCGCGCCGUCACGAGGAGCUGCAGCACGGACAAGUCCCCGGGCUCGGGCUCCGCGGGCUCUCCCGCGUCCCAGCGCAAGGACAUCGGGCGCUCCGAGUCCCUGCGCGUCGUGUCCCGCGCUCACCGCAUCUUCCGCCCCUCUGACCUCAUCCACGGGGAGGUGCUGGGCAAGGGCUGCUUUGGCCAGGCCAUCAAGGUGACGCAUCGGGAGACGGGCGAGGUGAUGGUCAUGAAGGAGCUGAUCCGCUUUGACGAGGAGACACAGAGGACCUUCCUAAAAGAGGUGAAGGUGAUGCGCUGCCUGGAGCACCCCAACGUGCUCAAGUUCAUCGGGGUGCUCUACAAGGAGAAGAGGCUCAACUUCAUCACAGAGUACAUCAAAGGCGGCACCUUAAGGAGCCUCAUCAAGAGCAUGGACAGCCACUACCCCUGGAGCCAGCGGGUCAGCUUCGCCAAGGACAUCGCCGCUGGCAUGGCCUACCUCCACUCCAUGAACAUCAUCCACCGUGACCUCAACUCUCACAACUGCCUCGUGCGGGAGAACAAGAGCGUGGUGGUGGCUGACUUCGGGCUGGCACGGCUGAUGGUGGACGAGAAGAACCAGCCCGAGCAUCUCAAGAACCUGAAGAAACCAGACCGCAAGAAACGCUACACGGUGGUGGGGAACCCCUACUGGAUGGCCCCCGAGAUGAUCAAUGGGAGGAGCUAUGAUGAGAAGGUGGACAUCUUCUCCUUCGGCAUCGUCCUCUGCGAGAUCAUCGGCCGGGUGAGCGCUGACCCNNNUUACCUGCCCCGCACCACCGACUUCGGCCUCAACGUCCGGGGCUUCCUGGAGCGCUACUGCCCCCCCGCCUGCCCCCCCAGCUUCUUCCCCAUAGCUGUCUGCUGCUGUGACCUGGACCCCGAGAAGCGGCCGUCCUUCGCCAAGCUGGAGCAGUGGCUGGAGACGCUGCGCAUGCACCUGGAGAUCCACCUGCCGCUGAGCUCGCAGCUGGACCGGCCAAGACGAGAUGCUGGGAGAGUGGAAUCCCUGCCUGGACCCCCUGAAUACAGGGUCGAGGUGGCCACCAGUGCUUUCUGA